AUGCGGCUUUUGACCCAUUCUAAUGGAUUCUAUGGGAUGUUUUGGAUAGGGUUGACUCUCGCUGAUCUACGGAGAUCUGUCUGGAUGGAAGGUGGGCGUGUUUCAGUCAGGUCUCAAAUUCUUCGCUGCGUCGUGUGCACGAGACAUAGAGGUGUUCGUGCACAACAACUAAUGGGACAAUUGCCAUCCGCUCGUGUAAGACCAUCGAAAGUAUUCUUACACACGGGAAUAGACUACGCUGGGCCAGUAACACUGAAGACAUUUCAAGGUCGAGGUGCGAAAACCUAUAAAGGUUGGAUCGCUGUUUUUGUAUGUCUCGCUACAUCCGCUAUACACAUUGAAAUUGUCACCGACUAUUCUACUGACGCUUUCGUCGCAGCAUUCAGAAGAUUUACUAGUAGGAGAGGCGCCUGCAGUACCCUAUACUCGGACUGUGGUACAAAUUUUGUAGGAGCAGACGCUACGCUAAAGAGAGAAUUCGCAGCAGGAUCGAGACAGCUACGGGAACUUCAGUAUUUACUCGCUACAGAUGGCACAGACUGGAAGUUCAACCCGCCAAGUGCUCCCCACUUUGGUGGCAAGUGGGAAGCAGCCGUCAAGUCAAUCAAGUUCCAUCUUAUUCGAACUAUUGGUGAAUCGCUAUUGACUUACGACCAACUCGCUACAGUGCUAACACAGAUUGAAGCUGUGCUCAAUUCAAGACCGAUCGCUCCGCUAUCCGAAGAUCCUGCAGACUUAACCGCUUUGACUCCUGGACACUUUCUCAUCGGUGAACCGCUAAUCGCUGUACUAGGACCGUCAUUACUGGAAAACAAUACCGCUACGUUGUCACGCUGGCAACAAUUACAACAAAUGUUCCAGACAUUUUGGACUAGAUGGUCGUCUGAGUACUUACAACGACAUCAAUCAAUCUCUAAGUGGCAUCAUCCAUCUAAUAUCAUCAAAGUGGGCUCAUUAGUCCUGCUGACUGAUGAGAGGUUCCUGCCAUCAAAAUGGCCACUCGCUAGAGUACUCGCACUACAUCCAACACGAGAUGGGUUGACUCGAGUAGUCACCCUGAAGACCGCUACCACGGAACUUGUUCGACCAAUCGCUAAACUGUGCGUGCUGCCAGUUCACUCUCCAGAUGACAAUCCUGUCGACACCGUCGCCAGCGCUGGGGAGAAUGUUCAGUCAAGAGCAAACUCGCUACCACCUGAGAACGCCGAGCCUCACCAAUAG